AUGUCAAAAAAAGGGAGAUCUCAGUGUCACCAAAACCUACAGGAAGAUUACUCUCACUGUCAUAUCUGCCAAAGUUUACAAUGCCAAGCUACUCAACUGUACCCAGCCAGAGACAGGAAAAAAAUCUUGCAUAAAAGCCAGAAUGGCUUUCAAAGAAAUGGAUCAACAUUUGCCCAGAUUCUUACAGACCGAAAUGUUAUUGAAGGAGUUUGUGUACGGAACCUGAAAGCAGUCCUAUUUGUAGACUUUUCUAGGGUCUUUGACUUGAUACAUAGAGGAAAAAUGGAAGAAAUACGCUUUGCAUAUGGUAUCCCAAAGGAAACUGUCAAUACUAUCAUGUUGUAUAGAAAUCUUCAAUCUAUAGUUUGUUGUCCAGAUGGCAAGAAUGAGUUUUUUGACAUAGUGGCUGGUAUCCUCCAGUGUGACACCUUGACAUCUUACCUGUUUAUCAUAUAUCUAGAUUAUGUUUUAUGCACCUCUGUAGAGGAGCUGAAUGACAAAGGAUUCACUCUUCUAUCAGUCAAAAGCAGACUCUUUUCAACUGUAACUAUCACAGAUGCUGGCUGUGCUGGUGACUUGGUACUACUUACAAAUGAAGUUUGUGAUGCAGAGUCUCUCUUGUACAGCCUUGAAAGUACUGCUAAAGACGUUGGUCUCAAUGUGAACUUGGACAAAACAUAA